AUGUUGUAUGAAGCUGUUGAACUAUCAAGUGUUCACUGGUUGGAACCAGUUGCUUUGUUUGACAUGGAAAACACAAAGGACUCCCAAUUUGACAUGCUAAUUACAAGAAGAGCUUUCGUGUUUCAUUGUUUUGAUAAAAUAGCAGAUGUUCCUUCUCCGGAUGCCAAGGUUGACAGAGCUCUUAUUGAUUUUUACCUUACCUUCGCAAAACCUCAAUAUUCAACUUGGAGUGCUCAGAAGAUCAUAACAGUCAAAGUCAUCGGACCCUUUCUAUUUGACGGUUUCGUGAACAUCAAGUUUAAGGCGACAAGGGGAUCAAAUAAUUCUUUACACAAAUUUUCUCUUGCUGAUUUGCCAAAUAUUAAUCCUCAUGACUGGAUUGUGUUACUCAACCUUCUGCUGACUGAAGAACGGAAAUAUGAACCAAUCGUUGCUCAUCUGAAAAGAAUGUUGGGGUCAUACAUUUAUGAAGUAGCGAAACCAUGGGUCAUGAAGAGAAACCCUACUGUUAAUCCAAUCGGAAAAGCCAAUGAUAUGAGCGAAAUGAUAUUGGGAAAGAUUGAUAUGGCUCACCUAACUGUGAUGUUUCAGCAGAGGACUGAUGUUGCUGGAACCUUUCAAAAGUGUCUUUUUGCUCUGCCUGACAAGCACUUGUUUUCUAUGUCUUGUCUAGAGCAUGUUUUGGAGAUCAUCCCCAAGUGA